GAGGUCGUUUACUGUUCGGCCUCGCCGCCUCCAAGAAACCCGGUGAGCGAGACGGGAAUACAACAUUGAAUUUCGUACCUCAUCAUCUAGUUUAGACCCGAACCCAGAAUACCACGCCCCCCCCCCCCUCUCUCUCUCGGGGUUCUCCUCCUUUUUCCUCCCUCCAUCUCUCUCUCUCUCCUUCUGUCGUCUCACACUACGAAACCCUAGAGAGGGCUUUCUCUCUUAUUUAUUUUUCCUCAGAAAUCAAUACUAUGCUCUGAUCCUGGCUCCUUCGUGGAUUCGAUUGAAGAGUCUAGUUACAGCCAUGUUGGUGUAAGCCUUAUGGUUAACUUUGAGCCUGGUUUGUUUAUGUCAAGAUGAAGAACUAAGAGUUAAAGGUCAAGCUUCUUUAUUUCCCCUCUCCUCUCUUGGUGGUUUGGACUAUAAUGGUCACAAGGAACACAUCGAUCUGUAACUUGAGUUCGGUCAACAAAGUAUAAUGGAUGAUGAUUGUACAGAUGGAUAAAAUGUCUGCUCCUUCAUCACGGGAGCGUGCACAACGCCUUUAUGAGAAGAACCUUGAAUUGGAGAACAAGCGCCGGAGGUCGGCUCAAGCACGGGUUCCAUCAGAUCCAAAUGCUUGGCAACAAAUGCGUGAGAACUACGAAGCUAUAAUUAUUGAGGACCAUACAUUUGCUGAGCAGCACAAUAUUGAGUAUGCCUUGUGGCAGUUGCAUUACAAGCGGAUUGAAGAGUUGAGAGCAUAUUUCAGUGCUGCUCUUUCUUCCACAAGCCCAAAUUCCACACACGGGAUCAAGGGCCCUGCACGACCUGAUAGGAUAACUAAAAUAAGGCUGCAGUUUAAGACCUUCCUUUCAGAAGCUACUGGGUUUUACCAUGAUCUUAUUAUGAAAAUAAGAGCGAAGUAUGGUCUUCCACUGGGCCACUUUGAGGAUUCUGAGAAUCGAAUUGUAAUGGAAAAGGAUGGAAAGAAAUCUGCAGAAAUGAAGAAAGGUUUAAUAUCUUGUCACCGUUGUCUGAUAUAUUUGGGUGACCUUGCUCGCUACAAAGGACUGUAUGGUGAAGGUGACUCUGUAAAUCGUGAGUUUGCAGCAGCUUCUAGUUACUACUUACAAGCUGCAUCUUUUUCUCCAUCAAAUGGGAAUCCCCAACAUCAGCUUGCUCUAUUGGCUUCAUAUUCUGGGGAUGAGCUAGUGACUAUUUAUAGGUAUUUCCGGAGUCUGGCUGUGGAGAGCCCAUUUACAACGGCAAGAGAGAAUUUGAUUGUUGCAUUUGAGAAGAAUCGUCAAAGUUACUCACAGCUUCCUGGUGAUGCCAAAGCUCUUGUAGCUAAGGUAUCUUCUGGGAGAUUAGCUGGCAAAGGAAGAGGAAAAGUGGAAGCUAAACUGGCAGCGAAGAGUGUAGAAGCUAGUCCUAAAAAAGAGGGAGCAUCUAAUAUAGAGGAGAGAUACAAAAACUUCUGCACUAGAUUUGUCCGUCUAAAUGGAAUAUUAUUCACACGUACAAGCCUUGAGACCUUCACUGAGGUUCUUUCUCUGGUUAGUGCUGGCCUGCGGGAGCUUCUGUCUGGAGGCCAAAAUGAUGAGCUGAAUUUUGGCACUGACACUCUUGAAAAUGGACUUGCAAUUGUUAGAAUUGUGUCCAUUCUUAUUUUUACAGUUCAUAAUGUGAAUAGGGAAUCUGAAGGUCAAACUUAUGCUGAAAUAGUACAGCGUGCUGUUCUACUUCAGAAUGCAUUUACUGCAACUUUCGAGCUGAUGGGGUACAUUGUAGAAAGAUGUGUACAGCUGCAUGAACCUUCUUCAAGUUAUCUUCUACCAGGCAUAUUGAUUUUUAUGGAGUGGUUGGCCAGUUAUCCAGAUUUUGCUGCUGGCAAUGAUGCAGAUGAGAACCAAGCAAUGGUCAGAUCAAAAUUUUGGAUUAAUUGUAUAUCCUUCUUGAACAAGCUACUUUCAGUUGGACCAGUAUCUAUUGAAGAUGAUGAGGAAAAUACUUGCUUUAAUAACAUGAGCAGGUAUGAAGAAGGAGAAACUGAAAACCGGCUUGCUUUGUGGGAGGAUUUUGAGUUAAGAGGAUUCCUUCCUCUUCUUCCUGCACAUACCAUCCUGGAUUUUUCAAGGAAGCACUCCCUUGGAAGUGAGAGUGACAAGGGAAGAAAAGCUCGGGUCAAAAGGAUUGUAUCAGCUGGAAAGGCUUUAGCAAAUGUUGUUAGGGUUAAUCAGAAUAUGAUUCAUUUUGACUCAAGGGGGAAGAAAUUUGUAAUUGGUGUGGAGCCUCAAAAAGUUGAUGAUGUUGUUAUUGCUACAUAUUCAGGCAUGCCUAAUGCAGAAGAGCUGGUUCAAGAAAUUGUACUGCCAAAUCAACAUCAGUACAUGGAGGGAGAUGAGGAUGAUGAAGUUAUAGUUUUUAAACCUGUAGUGGCUGAGAAACCAGCUGAGGUGGUUAGUUCAACAUGGGCAGCUCAUGGAGAGUUGGAAUCUGUUCAGAAAGCUUCUGAGGAGGAUAAAAAAUUUCAUGCCAACACUAUUUCAAACCCCUUGAAUAAUCUAAACCAUCAAAAUGCUUUUGAUGCAAAUUUUAACAUGCCUGUUUCUGUUAGUGGAAUGAUGCCUCAACACCUACAAACAGUUCAGCCACAUUCUUCAAGGUGGUUAGAGGAGAUGUCUUUCGCAAACAGUUUAAAAGGUCUCACCUUCUUGGAGAAUGGUCAUGUGAUGAAACCUGAUCUUCAGGAAGCUUCAUGCACCUCUAAUUAUGGAGCCUUUCCUGUUCCCACCCAACAUUUUAGUGCUUGUACUACUGCUUUGUUUCAUGGUCUCACAAAUGCUCCAGAAUCUGUGAUACCAUCCAAAGUUGAUGCUGUUGCAACUUCUGGAAUUGUGAUUGAUAAUAUGGUUGUGAAUCCAUCAACUAUGCAAGCUGGUUUAAGUAAAGCUGUCAGUCGGCCCAUUAGGCACCUUGGACCUCCCCCAGGCUUUGGUGCCCUUCCUUCUAAUCAAGUUAAAACUAAUGUUUCUGAUUCAGUCAGUGGGAAUCUGUUACUGGAUGAUUACAGUUGGUUGAAUGGAUAUCAAUUGCCUCCAUCAACCAAAGGUUUGGGCUCUAAUGGUCCCCUUACUUACUCCCAUUCAAAUUCCCAGCAAGUCCUUAACAACAAUGGCCUUGGGGGGACAGUCAGCUUCCCCUUCCCUGGAAAACAAGUUCCACCUGUGCCACUUGAUGGGGAGAAACAAAAUAUUUGGCAAGAUUAUCACACUCCUGAACCCUCAAAAAUUCAUCACAAUCAGCAGUUGCAGCCACAUCAACAGUUUGCUGCUGGAAAUCAACAAUUUACUCCACUGCCUGAGCAAUUUCAAGGACAGUCGACCUGGACAGGUCGUUACUUUGUGUGAUGUCAGUACGAGAGUAUGGAUGGUAUUGUGAAUGUGCUGCUCUUUCUUAUCCAUUAGCACUCCUCCUCAGCUGCUGUGGCAUUGAAUAUUGUUGGAGUUUAUUUGGCCUUGACUCGUUGCGGGCACUUGCUACUAAGAAAGAUUUGGCUGAGCUCUCCAGCCCGGAGGAAGGAUGACAUCCAAGCAUCUUUAUGGUUCGAUAUUCUUAAGAAGUAAAUGCCUUGUCUGGUUGGAUGAAUAGGUGUUAAAUAAAGGAUUAUUCCGGUCAAUUUGGGGCUUGUAUCUCAAUAUCUCCGGGGAUUACUGGUAUGACAGUGGUUUUUUCACUUCUCUUAUGGAAAUGGCCAUGAUUCACCUAUCAGAAUUGUUGUUUCUAUCAUCUGGCUGCCCAUGAUACGCAGUGCUAACUCUUUUCCUGCCGCAAAGCUUCAGACUAUAUAUAGUAAAGGCUGGUAGGAACAAGCUGGGUGUCUUGGGAGUCAGAGUUGGAUAUUGGUAAAUGAUUAUGACCUUGGGCUCAUGUGAUCGAGUACACGUGUUUGCUGGAGGCAUUUAGUGUAUGAUGAGUGGUGUAUGGCUCAUUUUAUCCUUUUUCUUUUCGAAGUUGAGAUUUUCCUGUGAAUAAAGAAUUCUGAUGCGUGGUGGAUAUAUUAUAUAUACCCAUCGCAGUAGGCAAGAAUGUAAUCAGAUAUCUCCCUCUAUUUUGUGCAGUGUUUUUGUACAAAGUCUGGAGGGGUUAUGACUUUCUUGAUUUGUGUUCAUCUUCUGGUGUCUAAUGUGAUUUCUAUCUAGCACUGAAUUGGAGUUUGCCUUUAGUCUA